AUGGGUAAAAAAGUAAAGAAGGAAGUAGAAUCUCCACCCAAGGAUGUGUUUGAUCCUUUACUAAUUGAAAGCAAAACAGCAGCAACAGCUGUGCUAAUGCUUAGUUCUCCUGAAGAAGAAGUUUUGGCUAAAGCAUGUGAUGCCAUUUAUAAGUUUGCAUCAAAAGGUGAUGAAAACAAAGUGACACUUCUUGGUCUUGGAGCAGUGGAACCACUAUAUAAACUCAUCUCUCAUGAAGAUCCAGUUGUACGGAGAAAUGCUGUUAUGGUAUUUGGGAUCAUGGCUUCUAAUCACGAUGUAAGGAAAUUAUUGAGAGAACUGGAUGUCACAAAUUCACUUAUAUCACGCCUAGCACCAGAAGAAGAUGUAGUCAUCCAUGAAUUUGCUACCCUGUGUCUAGCACAUAUGGCUGCUGAAUACACUAGUAAAGUACAAAUAUUUGAACAUGGGGGACUAGAACCACUUAUCAGACUACUAGGCAGCCCUGAUCCUGAUGUUAAGAAGAAUUCAGUUGAAUGUAUCUAUCUCCUGGUGCAGGAUUUUCAAAGCCGUGCUGCAGUUCGUGAACUGAAUGUAAUUCCACCCUUACUGGAACUAUUGAAAUCUGAAUACCCAGUUAUUCAGUUGUUAGCCCUCAAAACCUUAGAAGUAAUUAGCAAUGACAGAGAAACCAGGAUAAUAUUGACAGAACAUCAAGGAUUAGAUUAUCUCCUUAAGAUACUAGAAACCAAGGAAUUCAGUGAUCUACAUGUGGAAGCUCUUGCAGUAGUGGGAAAUUGUCUUGAAGACGUAGAUACUAUGCAAUCAAUUCAGCGGACAGGAGGCCUUAAAAAGCUACUUUCAUUUAUAGGAGUUUCUGCUGUUCCUGAUGUGCAGAAGAAUGCAGCAAAGGCAAUUGCCAAAGCAGCUUAUGACUCUGACAACAGAAAAAUCUUAAAUGAGUAUGAGGUUGAGAAGUGUCUCAUAAACCUUUUGGGAAAUGAUGAUGAUGGAGUUAAAGUUGCUACUUCUCAAGCAAUUUCUGCCAUGUGUGAGAAUUUAGCUAGCAAACGAGCAUUUGGACCCCAAGGGAUUCCCCAGCUAGUACAGUUGCUAAGCAGUGACAAUGAAGAAGUAAAAGAAGCUGCAGUCAUAGCUUUAGCUAAUUUGACAGCAGCCAGUCCUAGUAAUGCCAGCACUGUUGCUGAGGCUGAAGGAAUUGAGCCAUUAAUAAAUACUUUGAGUGCUCAGAGAGAUGGAGCCGUUGCUAAUGCUGCUACAGUACUAACAAACAUGGCCACGCAAGAGCCAUUCCGUCUAAAUAUUCUUAGUCAUGGAAUUAUGAGUGCGCUUGUAGGACCACUGCGCUCUACCAACAGCCAAGUGCAGAGCAAAGCAGCAUUCACUGUGGCUGCAUUUGGCUGUGAUGCUGAUGCGAGAACAGAGUUAAGAAAUGCAAGUGGACUGGAACCACUCGUUGAAUUGCUACGUUCUAAGAAUGAAGAAGUUAGAAGAAAUGCCUGUUGGGCUGUUACGGUUUGUUCAAGCGAUGAACUAACAGCUGUUGAGCUAUGUAGGCUAGGGGCUUUAGAGAUCUUAGAAGAAAUUAAUCUGUCAACAGGGCACAAAAAUAACUUCAGUGAAGGAGCGCUGGAAAAACUACUUGAUAACAAUCUCUCCCAAAAGUACAGCCGGAUGGGUUAUUUAUCAUCAAGUAAUAUUAUUACUGAUGGAUUCUAUGACUGUGGUCAGGUACAACCUGGAGUGAAAUUUUUAUCUUUGGAGGAACUGAGUAAACAAGAGCUUACUGACCGUCGGGCCGUAAUCUUCAUUAAUGUUAAACCACAGAACAUUGUCCCUGUAGUAGAGGAAAAGCCACAAGAUACAUCUUAUGAACAGACUAACCUGUCAUCUUCUAGUUUAAGACGCGGCAGUAGAGAAAAAGCCAGAGAAAAUUUGAACAUGUUUUGUGAUCUCAGUAGUUUAAUGGCAUCUCCAGUGGAAGAAAAACAGGAAUUAUCUGGACGAAGGUCUUCACUCAACAAAGGCAGCACUAGAGAGAAAGGCUUAAGAAAAGGGAAAGGAAAAAAAGAAGAGGAAAAAGUGAAAGAAGAUGAUGUUCAGAUUACAUCUGAAGUCCAUGAUGAAGUAAAUCUUGAAAAUUCAUGUUGGUUGCCACCAGCUGACUUCGUUUUACUGGAUUACAUUAAUGAUGCUUCCAAAACAAUUCUGCCACUAACAACGACCUGGAAACAGGUUGUGGCUCUUGCACAGUUUGUCGCAGACAAGAUGGGUGGCCCAAUUCAAAGAGACAAACUACAUGACUUCAGCUGGGAACUUCAUAUAAGUGAAAUAGAAUUUGAACUGAAAUGCAAUGCUGUGCCUAUUGGGAAAGUCAAAAAAGGAACAUUCUACCACAGGGCUUUGCUAUUCAAGGUGAUAGCAGACAGAAUUGGCAUUAGCUGCAGUUUAGUUCGUGGCGAGUAUAACAGAGCUUGGAAUGAAGUUAAGUUGGUUGAUGACUCUCCUCAAGGAAUACCUGGGCUUCUGCUUCCUCCUCAGGAGUAUAUUGUAGAUUUAAUGUUUGACCCAGGCUACUUGAUGAAACAAGGAAGUGCUGAGGCAGAUCGUUACAAAUGUAUUUAA